CUCAUGCAGUGCUGCCACCAUGCUCGCAGCCUCCUGCCCUCCUCGGCCUUCUGGCCCUGGCUCCCGCAGGGACUCCCCAACUUCCAAGUUCUGCAGCCUUGAGCCACAGGGCCCAGGUCAGAGCUGGCCUGAGGCCUCCCAGGGAGAAGAGAAGGACCUGGGCUACCUGCAGCAGUGGCUGAAGGCCUUCGUAGGUGCUUUCGAGAAGAGCAUCUCACUGCCCUCCCUGGAGCCGCGGAGGCCGGAGGAGGUGGGUGCGGAGGUGCCGCUGCUGCCCCUGGACACGCUGCACACACUGGCCCAGCAGCUGGCCGAGGGGGACCUGGAGCAAGCCCUGCUGCUGCUCAAGCUCUUCAUCAUCGUCUGCCGGAACCUGGAGAACGUAGAGGCAGGCUGGGGCCAGGCGCUAGUGCCCCGGGUGCUGGCGCUGCUGACCGGGCUGGUGGCCGAGCUGAAAGGACACCCACCACCAGAUGAGGGCCGGAGGACCCAGCUGGAGAACGUGGCCCUCCACGCGCUGCUCCUCUGCGAGACCCUCUUUGACCCCUACCAGACCUGGCGGCGCCAGCACAGUGGAGAAGUCAUCAGCUCCAGGAAGAAGAGCCGAUACAAGUUCCCCCCUGUGCCUCUGCCCAGCGGGUUCGGCACCUUCUUCCAAGAGAGCCUGCGGGAUGCAGGCCGCCUGCCCCCCAUGCUGCUGCUGCGUCUCACCCACCUGUUCGGCGCUGUCCUGGCAGGAGGAAAGGAGAAUGGUCAGACGGCCGUGACCACCGCCUCCGUGCAGGGCCUGCUGGGCGUGAUCCAAGGCUGGGGCCGGGGGCCAGCCCAAGACCCCCGCCUGGUGCCCCUGGCGCUAGAGGCACUGGUGGGCGCGGUACACGUCCUGCACGCCAGCCGCGCGCCCCCACGAGGGCCAGAGCUCCGCGCCCUGCUCGAGGGCUACUUCCGCGUCCUCAAUGCCGACUGGCCGGCCAGCCCCAGCUCAGGUCCCGAAGAGGCCCUUGUCGCCCUGCGGGUCAGCAUGCUUGACGCCAUCCCCAUGAUGCUGGCGUGUGAGGACCGGCCGGUGCUGCAGGCCACCUUCCUGAGCAACAACUGCUUUGAGCACCUCACCCGCCUGGUCCAGAACAGCAAGCUAUAUCUGCAGGCCCGGGCGCCCCCUGAGGGGGACAGUGACCUGGCCACCCGGUUACUGACCGAGUCUGAUGUCCAGAAGGUCCUGGACCAGGACGCAGAUGCCAUCGCGGUCCACGUGGUCAGAGCACUCACCUGCAUCAUGAGUGGCUCCCCCUCGGCCAAGGAGGUGUUUAAGGAGCGCAUUGGCUACCCUCACCUGCAUGAGGUCCUGCAGAGCCAUGGCCCCCCCACCCACCGGCUGCUGCAAGAGCUGCUCAACAUGGCCGCGGAGGGCGACCACAGCACGCACCCACCUCCACUGAUCCACCACGAGCAGCCAGUCCUGCUGCUGCUGCGGUCCGCCCAGCUGCGCCUCUUCCUGGCUCAGCGCCUCCGGUGGCUCUGCGACAGCUGCCCUGCCAGCCGGGCCAUCUGCGUGCAGGCAGGCCUGGUGGGCUGCUUGUUGGAGACACUCAGCACGGGGGUGGCCCUGGGGGCCCGCUGCCAAGAGCAGUUGUUGGCGCUGCUGCAAGCGCUGGGCCGCGUGUCACUCAGGCCAUCUGAGCUGCGGUGCCUGCUGCGCCCCCCGCCAGGGCUGGACUCAGGGCCGGGCACAGAUGAGGCUGCACAGGCGCGACACGCAGGUGCUGUCAUCCGCGCGCUGUCAGGCAUGGCCCGGCACCGGGGUCCUGCACGUGCCCUGCGCUACUUUGACCUCACGCCCAGCAUGGCGGGCAUCAUGGUCCCCCCUGUGCAGCGAUGGCCAGGAACUGGCUUCACCUUCCAUGCCUGGCUCUGCCUGCAUCCUGCGGAUGCUGCUCCUGCCCUGGCCCCCACCCGGCCACUCCAGCGAAAGCAGCUGUACAGCUUCUUCACCAGCAGCGGCUCAGGGUUUGAGGCCUUCUUCACGGCCGCCGGGACGCUGGUGGUGGCCGUGUGCACGCGGAAGGAAUACCUGACCGUGAGCUUGCCUGAAGUGUCCUUCGCCGACUCCGCCUGGCACUGCGUGGCCGUGGUCCACGUGCCUGGGCGCCGGCCCUUCAGCCAGAACCUGGUCCAUGUUUACAAAGACGGUCACCUGGUCAAGACAGCGGCCCUUCGCUUCCCCUCCCUUGGCGAGCCUUUCUCCUCCUGCUGUAUCGGCUCUGCUGGGCACCGCACGACGACCACCACCACGGGGCUGCCCGCGCCCCCAGCCCCUGCCGCCCCGGCACACACCCACCCUUCCCUCACCCGCUCCCAGUCCGUGCCAGCCUCCACCGGGCUCGGCUGGGGGUCCGGGCCAGGGGCCCCCCUGCAGGAGAGCAGCAUCAGCUCCACCCUGGCAGGCACCCAGGACACGCGGUGGGGCGGCCCCACGUCCCUGGAGGGCGAGUUGGGGGCCGUGGCCAUCUUCCACGAAGCCCUGCAGGCAGCAGCCCUGCGGACCCUGUGUGCCCUGGGGCCCAAUGAGAUGGCUCCCUUCAAGCCCGAGGGUGACCUGCAUGAGCUCAGCACCAAGCUGCUCCUCCAUUACUCGCCUCAGGCCUGUAAAAACAACAUCUGCCUGGACCUUUCUCCCGGCCAUGGGCUGGACGGCCGCCUGACGGGCCACAGAGUGGAGACCUGGGACGUGAAGGAUGUGGUGAACUGCGUGGGGGGCAUGGGCGUCCUGCUGCCCCUGCUGGAACGAGUGGCCACGCAACCCCAAGAGGCUGAGGCAGGUCCGGCCGAGACGCAUGACCUCGUGGGACCUGAACUGACCUCCGGCCACAACACCCAGGGCCUGCUUCUCCCGUUGGGCAAGUCUUCAGAGGAGCGGAUGGAGAGGAACGCAGUGGCUGCCUUUCUGCUGCUGCUGAGAAACUUCCUGCAGGGCCACGCUGUGAACCAGGAGAGCCUGGUGCGGUGCCAGGGGCCUGCCAUCAUCGGGGCUCUCCUGCGCAAGGUGCCCGGCUGGGCCAUGGACAUGAACGUGCUCAUGAGUGCCCAGCUGCUGCUGGAGCAGGUGGCGGCAGAGAACUCGCGGAGGACGGCGGAGACCCUCCAGUUCCUGCUCUACCAGCACCUGCUCUUCCACUUCCACCUCUGGGCCCUCGGCGACUUCGCUGUUCGCCUCGGUCACAUCCAGUACGUGUCCAGCAUCGUCCGUGAGCACAGGCAGAAGCUGCGGAAGAAGUACGGGCUCCAGUUCAUCCUCGAUGCUCUGCGCACCCACUACAGCCCGCAGAGGGAGCGCCCCCUUGUGGCCGACGAUUUGCGCACGGUGCAGACGUCCCUGCUGGGCCUGGCGCGGGAGUUCCUGGUGCGGAGCCUCUUGGCUGAUGAUAUGCAGGUCGUGCAGGUCAUGCUGAGCUUUCUGGUGGCUGCAGGUGACGAUGGCCAGGUGGUGGGCGCGCUGGACCUGCUGCUGGCGGUGCUGCAGGGCUCCCCUGCACAUGAGUCCUUGGCCACCUUCCUGCUGGACUCCGGGAACCUCGAGGUGCUGCUGUCCCUGCUGGUGCGGCCGAGGCCGCUGCCCCUGGUGCCUGACCGAGUCUGCAAGAUCCUGCGCCGACUGCAGCAGAAUGAGCGGUUGCCUGAGCGGAGCCGCCAGCGGCUCCGGCUGCGGGAGUGUGGCCUCCAGGGUCUUGUCGCCUGCCUGCCUGAGGGGGCGGCUUCCCCCCAGCUCUGCCAGGGCCUCUACAAGCUGUGCCUGGGGGCAGACUGCCUGAGCCUCGCGGACCUGUUGGCCGUGGUGCAGCUGUCCCUCCAGGCCGACCUCAGUGUCCGGCUGGACAUCUGCCGCCAGCUCUUCCACCUCAUCUACGGACAGCCGGAGGUGGUGCGGCUGCUGCCCCCCCCGGCCGCGGGGCAUGAGCCUUCAGAUGUCUUCCUGCCCUCGGAGGCCCCCCGCCCCGACCCCGAUGCUUUCUACCAGGCUCUCUCCCCGUUCUGCAUGCCCUUCGACCUGGGCCUGGAACGGGCCAGUGUGGGCUCGGGCACGGCUCCGCUCGUGGCGGGGGGACGGGGGGCCGCUGGUGGCGGCGGCAGUGGGACUCUUCCCCCCACCAGCCAGCCUGGCACACCUUCCCCGCUGGACGGGCCACGGCCCUUCCCUGCUGUCCCUGGCCGCCACAGCUCCAGUCUCUCGAAUGUGCUGGAGGACAGCAGCCUCCCGGAGGCCACCGUCAGUGGGGACGACACCUCUAACACCAGCAACCCUCAGCAAACCUCUGAGGAGGAGUUGUGCAACCUGCUCACCAACGUGCUGUUCUCGGUGACGUGGCGGGGCGUGGAAGGCAGCGACGAGGCUGCCUGGCGGGAGCGUGGCCAGGUCUUCUCGGUGCUCACCCAGCUAGGGGCCUCAGCGACCCUCGUGCGCCCCCCAGACUGCAUCAAGCGCAGCCUCCUGGAGAUGAUGCUGGAAUCAGCCCUGACGGACAUCAAGGGGGCCCCCGUCGGGGCCCUGGCCAGCCUGACCCAGCAGGCUCUCUGGCUGCUGCGCCUGCUGCAGGACUUCCUGUGUGCCGAGGGCCAUGGCAACCAGGAGCUGUGGAGCGAGAAGGUNNNUGAUGGGGGGGCGAGUCUGCGCGCCCGCCGGGGAGCCUGGCCCCACCUGGCCAAUGGCACGGCUGACCUCCGGGAGAUGGCUCAGAUCGGCCUGCGCCUGGUGCUUGGCUACAUCCUGCUAGAGGACCCACAGUUGCAUGCCCAGGCCUACGUGAAGCUGCACACACUGCUGCCGACCGCGGUGCCCGCCCGCCGCGAGGAGGCCUGCUAUGUGCUCUCCAAGCUGGAGGCCGCGCUGGGGCGCGCACUGAGCACCUCCACCUCUGAGACGGCCGCUGGGGAUGUCGGCUUCUCUCCCACCAAUGGCAGCCCCACCUUCUUCGAGGACUUCCAGGCUUUCUGUGCCACACCGGAGUGGCGCCACUUCAUCGACAAGCAGGUGCAGCCUACCAUGUCGCAGUUCGAAAUGGACACGUACGCCAAGAGCCACGACCUCAUGUCAGGUUUCUGGAACGCCUGCUAUGACAUGCUCAUGAGCAGUGGGCAGCAGCGCCAGCGGGAGCGCGCCCAGAGCCGUCGGGCCUUCCAGGAGCUGGUGCUGGAACCUGCGCAGCGGCGCGCACGCCUGGAGGGGUUACGCUACUCCGCGGCGCUGAAACAGCAGGCAGCGCAGCACUCGACUGCCUUGCUGCACUGGGGGGCGCUGUGGCGCCAGCUCUCCAGCCCCUGUGGGGCCUGGGCGCUGAGAGACACCCCCACUCCCCACUGGAAGCUGUCCAGCGCUGAGACGUACUCGCGCAUGCGUCUGAAGUUGGUGCCCAAUCAUCACUUCGACUCUCACAUGGAAGCCAGCGCCCUGCGGGACAAUCUGGGUGAGGCCCCCCUGACACCCACCGAGGAGGCCUCGUUGCCCCUGGCAGUGACCAAAGAAGCCAAAGUGAGCAUCCCACCUGAGGAGCUGCAGGAAGACCAGCUGGGAGAUGAGGAGCUGGCGGCCCUGGAGACUGCGAUGGAGGCAACGGAACUGGAUGAGCAGCGUGAGAAACUGGUGCUGUCAGCCGAAUGCCAGCAGGUCACGGUGGUGGCUGUGGUGCCGGGGCUGCUGGAGGUCACCACCCAGCACGUGUACUUCUACGACGGCAGCACGGAGCGCGUAGAAACCGAGGAGGGCAUCGGCCACGACUUCCGGCGGCCCCUGGCCCAGCUGCGUGAGGUCCACCUGCGCCGUUUCAACCUGCGCCGCUCUGCGCUUGAGCUCUUCUUCAUCGACCAGGCCAACUACUUCCUCAACUUCCCUUGCAAGGUGGUGGGGACCCCCGCAUCUCCCUGCCAGGGUUCCAGGCCCCCGCCCUGCCCCGUCCCACCCCACACCCAGGUACGGAACCAGGUGUACUCGUGGCUCCUGCGCCUGCGGCCCCCCACCCAAGGGUACUUGAGCAGUCGCUCCCCCCAGGAGAUGCUGCGUGCCUCAGGCCUUACCCAGAAAUGGGUACAGCGUGAAAUAUCCAACUUUGAGUACUUGAUGCAACUGAACACCAUCGCGGGGCGGACCUACAACGACCUGUCUCAGUACCCGGUGUUCCCCUGGGUCUUGCAGGACUAUGUGUCCCCAACCCUGGACCUCAGCAACCCAGCCGUCUUCCGGGACCUGUCCAAGCCCAUCGGUGUGGUGAACCCCAAGCACGCCCAGCUCGUGAGAGAGAAGUAUGAGAGCUUUGAGGACCCCGCGGGCACCAUUGACAAGUUCCACUACGGCACCCACUACUCCAAUUCUGCCCGGCAGUUCCCCUGGGUGGCCGCGGCCUGGCAGGCCCGCAUGGAGAGCCCUGCCGACGUGAAGGAGCUCAUCCCAGAGUUCUUCUACUUCCCCGACUUCCUGGAGAACCAGAACGGCUUCGACCUAGGCUGUCUCCAGCUGUCCAAUGAGAAGGUGGGGGACGUGGUGCUGCCCCCGUGGGCCAGCUCUCCCGAGGACUUCAUCCAGCAGCACCGCCGGGCUCUGGAGUCAGAGCACGUGUCUGCCCACCUGCAUGAGUGGAUCGACCUCAUCUUCGGCUAUAAGCAGCGGGGGCCGGCGGCAGAGGAGGCCCUCAACGUCUUCUACUACUGCACAUACGAGGGGGCCGUAGACCUGGACCACGUGGCGGACGAGAGGGAGCGGAAGGCUCUGGAGGGCAUCAUCAGCAACUUCGGGCAGACUCCGUGUCAACUGCUGAAGGAGCCACACCCACCCCGGCUCUCCGCUGAGGAGGCCGCCCACCGUCUGGCUCGUCUGGACACUAGCUCACCGAGCAUCUUCCAGCACCUGGACCAGCUCAAGGCCUUCUUUGCAGAGGUGGUCAGUGAAGGUGCACCCCUGGUGCUGGCCCUGGUCCCUCACCGGCAGCCCCACUCCUUCAUCACCCAGGGCUCCCCAGACCUGUUGGUGACCGUGAGUGCCAGUGGGCUGCUGGGCACCCACAGCUGGCUGCCCUAUGACCGCAACAUAAGCAACUACUUCAGCUUCAGCAAAGACCCCACCUUGGGCAGCCCCAAGACACAGCGGCUGCUGAGUGGCCCGUGGGUGCCCGGCAGUGGGGUGAGUGGGCAAGUGCUAGCAGUGUCCCCCGACGGGAAGCUGCUGUUCAGCGGUGGCCACUGGGACGGCAGCCUGAGAGUGACCGCACUACCCCGGGGCAAGCUGUUGAGCCAGCUCAGCCGCCACUUGGAUGUGGUGACCUGCCUCGCACUGGACUCCUGUGGCAUCUACCUCAUCUCGGGCUCCCGGGACACCACGUGCAUGGUGUGGCGGCUCCUGCAGCAGGGCGGUCUGUCAGUGGGGCUGGCACCAGAGCCCGUGCAGGUCCUGUACGGGCAUGAGGCAGCGGUGAGCUGUGUGGCCAUUUGCACUGAACUCGAUAUGGCUGUGUCUGGAUCCGAGGACGGCACCGUGAUCAUCCACACUGUCCGCCGUGGCCAGUUCAUGGCAGUGCUGCGGCCUCCAGGGGCCACGCUGCCCGGCCCUGUGUCCCACCUGGCACUGGGGGCUGAAGGCCAGAUUGUGGUGCAGAGCUCGGCGUGGGAGCGACCUGGGGCCCAGGUCACCCACUCCUUGCACCUGUACUCAGUAAACGGGAGGCUGCGGGCAUCGCUGCCCUUGGGAGAGCAGCCCACGGCGCUGACGGUGACGGAGGACUUUAUCUUGCUGGGCACGGCCCAGUGUGCCCUGCACAUCCUGCACUUGAGCAAACUGCUGCCGGCAGCGCCUCCCCUGCCCAUGAAGGUGCCCAUCCGCAGUGUGGCGGUCACCAAGGAGCGCAGCCACGUGCUGGUGGGGCUGGAGGACGGCAAGCUCAUCGUGGUGGGCGCCGGGCAGCCCUCGGAGGUGAGCACAGGGUUGCAGGGGCUGCCGCCGGGCGGGGAGCGCUGGGUACAGGAGGAACUUGGUCCAGCUCUGGAGUGA